GCAUAUUGUGAUGCUUUAGAGGUGGAAAAAUGAGUGCACACCGGAACUUGAAUAACAUAACCCAAGAAACCUGUUCCCUGAUAAUGGCCUGUAAUUAUUCUCACUGGCAAAUGUAGCAAUGUGCAUCAUUUAGGCCAUUUAGGCAUGCAUGCUGCAGGCUCUGAAGCUGUGGCCCAGGACAAUGAACGGGGGGAAAGCAGCGGGGAUAAUUAUCAAGCUCCUUUUAACACUUUUAAUGUGCCACAUUCACAGAGAGAGGAAUAACGAGGAUGAAUUAUGUGAAGGUAAUGGUGAAUGAUGGAAGCAGUCCUGGUGCACCUUCAUCAUCAUCAUCACCCUGCUGUCCUCAAAACUUGAAUACACUCGGAUGGUAUGUAUUGCCCUCAUCAUGAUGCACUUGCUCGCCCUCUCGCUGUCUCACUCGUAAAAAAAAACUGGGGAAGAAAAGCUCUCUGUGUUGAAGCAGGCGCUCAUUCAUCCACCAGCUCGCACUGCAGAGGGGGGAGAUGACCGCUCGCACGCAACAUUUAUCACGAAUUUAGAAGAAUAACCGCAACUUUCAAGGAUCAUACAGUGUAAUAAAGGGAUCCCACUCCAGGAUGGAGAAAUCCGCCGUUUCCAUUCAACAUCUGGAAAUAUCUCUGACCGCGCGGACAUCCUCACAAUGAACUCCUCUGCGCUCAUGCCUCCACUGCUGCAACUUCCCACCGAGGAGCGGAUGGAUGCAUGGAUGCGGGAGGAUCGUCUCGCGAAAUAAAGUUGAGCGAGAGCAGAAAUCAAGUUGGAGUAGCGCUUGAAAGAAAGGACUCGUCGCGAAUUAAUGAAUUUUUCCGGAUCACUGAACUGGAGAGGUUUUAUUCGCAGCUCUCGCAAGAUCGGAAGAGUUCAGUUAUUCUUGAAAGCUCAUCGUUUGGUCCUUAUUGCAAAAUCAGUCCGGAGAGAAUGAGGUGUCGCUGGGUGAAGCAUGAGCUGUCAGAGAAUCAGUCAUAAGCGGCUGUCUCUGCUAUGGGAGGGGGCGGCUCUCAGCCUCUGGCUCUGCUGCUGGACCUCCAGGGCCGCCGCCGGUGGAGCCGCAGCCGCUGCCGGACAAGGCGACGGCGCCCCCGGCUCCCUGGGCUGGCUGCUGUCGGAUAAAGGGCCCUUCCACCAGUCCCUGGAGUUCACGGAGGCUGCGGAGAGGUACCAGCAGGGCUUCAGCACCAGAUACAAGAUCUACAGGGAGUUUGGUCGAUGGAAGGUCAACAGCCUGGCGGUGGAGAAGCGGGACAGUUUCGGUGGCAGCGGCGGCCUGGCUCUGCCCCUCGACCCCGACUUCAUGCAUACCAUCCGCCAGCUGGGGAGGCGGCCAACCCUCCAGACGAUCACAGAGAGUCUAAUCAAGAAAUAUGGCACCCACCUCCUCCUCUCUGCCACUCUGGGAGGGGAGGAGUCUUUGACGAUAUUUGUGGACAAAAGGAAGCUCAGCCAGGAGUCUUCGCCCUCGGGGGCCGACGGCAGCCGUGGCACCAACAGGAACUCAAACACAACGGGGACAGUGACCCUGGAGGCCCUCCACCAGCUGGCUGCUUCCUACUUCACCGACAGAGAGAGCACCCUGCGCCGGCUGCACCACCUCCAGAUCGCAUCCACCGCCAUACGGGUGACGGAAACUAGAACUGGGCCACUCGGAUGCAGCAACUAUGACAAUCUGGACACAGUCAGCUCCGUACUGGUCCACAGUCCAGAAAACAAGGUCCAACUACAAGGGAUGCAAGUCAUCCUACCAGGCUACUUGCAGAGCCACUUCAUCCAGGCGGCUCUCAACUACAUCGGCUGUAAAUCUGAGGGCCAUUUUGUUUGCCAGAACAGUGACUGCUGGUGUGAGUGCAGCGUGGACUUCCCCCAGUGUAACUGUCCUCACUCUGACCUGGACAGUCUGGAAAACAACCUGCUGCGCAUCCGAGACGCCUGGAGGCUGACCAACCAGGAGUUUGAGGAAUCCGUGGAGUUCCAAAGCUUUGUUGGGAAACUGCCAACCCAUUAUGCUGUAAACACAUCUGUCGUGGAACACUUGUGGAGGACGGAUGCCAGCCUGCCCCAGCGCUACAGGCAGCUGGAGACCAGCAGCAACCAGCUUUUCACCAAAGCUCACCGCACUGCUAACAAGCUCUUCAGCCUCAGCAAGAGGUGCCGAAAACAACCCAAAAUAGUCCUGCAGAGGCCGAGGCCUCUGCACUUCUGGUUGAGCUACGCCCUCUCCAUUUUAUACUGCAGUGAGAACAACCAGGUUGGUGUUUACAGUGACGAGAGCCGCAGCUGCUCCUGCCCCUACAACCAUCCGCCUUGCCAGGGCCUCAUUCCCUGCUCUGUUGGCGACGGCCCCCGCUGUGCCUCCUGUUCCACAGAGAACCGGACACGAUGCUCCAGCUGUAACCCCGGCUUCACCCUGACCCAGGGAGCCUGCCGGCCCGCCGUGCCCGAUCCUACAGACCCCUACCUGGGCUUGGAGAGUGACCGAGACCUGCAGGAUCUGGAGCUGCGCUACCUGCUCCAGCGGCGCGACCCACGCAUCGCUCUGCAUGCUGUGUUUGUGAGCAACGACGUGCGUGUUAACACUUGGUUUGACCCGUCCUGGAGGAAAAGAAUGCUGCUCACCCUCAAGAGCAACCGGGUGAAGUCCAACCGUGUUCAUAUGCUCCUUGGACUCGCCCUCCAGUUUUGCCUCACCAGAAACAGCACCCUGGAGCCUGCGUUGUCUCUGUUUGUGAAUCCUUUUGGGGGCAGCCAUUCAGAGAGCUGGACCAUGCCUAUAGGUCAGCACGGAUACCCUGACUGGGAGCGGACCAAGCUGGAUAUCCCCUUGGACUGCUAUAACUGGACGUUGUCUCUAGGAAACAGAUGGAAGAGCUUUUUUGAGACGGUUCAUUUCUACCUGAGGAGUCGUAUCAAGGAGUCUGUGGGAGCGUCAGGAGGAAACAAGAACAUGACAGUGUACUAUGAGCCUCUGGAGGCAACAGAGCCAUCUAAUAACAUUGGCUACAUGAAAGUGAACAGCAUGCAGCUUUUCGGAUACAGCGUGCACUUUGACCCUGAGGCGAUCCAGGACCUGAUUCUGCAGAUAGACUACCCAUACACUCAGGGAUCACAGGACUCUGCCCUCCUGCAGCUGGUGGAGCUGCGUUACAGGGUUAACCGCCUCUCGCCUCCGGGGGCCCCACACGUGGAUCUGUUUGCCUGUCUGCUCCGCCACAGACUCAAACUGUCCAGUGCAGACGUGACCAGGAUACUCACUGCCCUGCAAGCUUUCAGUGCCAGACAACCAAACUACGUGGAGUACGAGGCAAAUAAACUGUGUAGUUAAUGGCCACUAUUUGAUGUUUUGUACUAUUUCCUCGCCACAGACAGGCCUGUAUCCUUUGUCAGCUGGAUCCAUUUGUGUCAAGUGUGUGGUAUGUUGUCCAAGGCUUUGUUGUACAUACAAUUAAAUUUGAUGUUUUUAAUCAUUUCAGUGUAGUUUUAUGGAUUAAAGCCCCUGAAAACUUG